AUGUCUACGUCGCAACAAACGCCCAAACCGUCGCUCACGGGGGUCAGGAUCAAAGCCAGAAAGGGCGCCGUCAAGGCUCAAGCUAAACACGAACCAUCGAGUACGUCUGGAUUCUGUUCCCCGCUCGCUGAUCCACCGCUUUUGUCCGUUCAACGUCCAGAAGGUGGCUUCUUCCGUGAUCAACUCUACAAACACCUCGAGACAGUCUCUCCAGACGAUUUUGAGGGAUACGCCAACAAACUCAACCUAGCAGGCUCUCAGCUCGAAUUUCUCAAGUACUCGGAUGCACUCUUUGAAAUCCUUCUCGUCGGUGGUCUUCUCCAGCCAGGGGGAACAUAUGUCGAGGACAAUGCACCUCGCAGCCCCUUUACCAUUCUCAAUGCCCCCGAACCAGUGGAGACUGCAGAGAUAAAGAAGUAUGCCGAGGUGUUUAACAAGCUUCUCAGGAGGUACAAGUACCUCCAACGACCGCUCGAAGAGCAAUCGCUCCCUGCGCUCCUUCAAUAUGCCCACCGCUGGCCACAACCACAGCGCGAAAAGUUUUCCAUUAUGCUCGGUCUGCUACUCGCACAGGGUCUCGCCAACGCGUCGUGCCUGCAGAUUCUGACAAAGGAUCACUUGGUCAAAGACUACCUGUCCAUCUCGCUCAUCACGCUCAUCUUCCGCGCAUACCUCACCGAACAACCCAUGGACCACCUCUCGAGCACGCUCAAAAAAGGUGGUAUCAAGGAAAUGCUCGAUUUCUUCCCGCUCAACAAGCGCAACCCGACCGAGCUUGACGACUGGUUCAAAAAGGAGGGUAUGGAGAAUGUGGCAGAGUGGUACAAGAAGAAGCGACUCGUCAAGAUUCGCGACGCAGUCAUUUCGGGCCUCAAAGAGCUCGUCGAAAAGGACGAGAGCAUCGAUUCGCUCAUCUCCUUUCUCAAAGACACGCAGGCGGAGACACCCGUCCCCGAAGCGGACUUGGUCGGCUACAUCUGGACGGCUCUCAUCGGUAAUGUCGAUUGGGGAACACGUCCAGAUCAGGUGGACGCACUUGCCAUUCGUGAAGUUACCAAGUAUGCAGAGGUGCUGGAGCCGUUUUGUAACGGACCCAAGACCGAAGUGUCUCUCAUCAACACUGUCCAACUGUAUUGCUACGAGGAGAGUAAAGUUAUGAAGACAUUCCCACAAAUGCUCAAGGUGUUGUAUAACAAGGACUGUAUUUCCGACCAGGCCAUUCUUUAUUGGCAUUCCAAGGGGAGCAAACCGCAGGGCCGUCAACACUUUUUGACCGUGACGCAGCCGCUCGUCAAGUUCCUGCAGGAGCAAGAUAGCGACGACGACGAUGAAUAG